AGAGAGUUUUGAGUGAGAUAUGAAGACAGACCCAUAAAAAAGGACAUGCUUGAGUAUUACUUAGAAGAUUGCGUGCAGAUGCUCAAAUUUAUCCCACCACCUAAUGACAGCCGCAAGAAGAAUUCAAGAGAAGAUGUGCCUAAUGAUGACGAACAAGAGGAAAACUGUAAUAAGCUGAUCAGCAGUGGCUACAGUGAAGCCACUAAGGUUGCCAUGGCAAUGUUACCAGAGAAGGAGUUGUCCUUUGAAUUGGUGGAGGCUUUGCUGCGCUAUAUCAAAAAUCUCAGCAUACCUGGUGCUGUACUUAUCUUCUUGCCUUGUUGGAAUCUUAUCUACAUGUUGCAAAAACAUCUGGAAUCCUCACCUGAGUUUGGGGGCUCCCGGUACCGCAUUCUUCCUUUGCACUCUCAGAUACCACGUAAAGAACAGCGUUGUGUCUUUGAGCCAGUUCCAGAUGGUGUCACAAAGAUCAUUUUGUCAACGAAUAUUGCAGAGACAAGUGUGACCAUCAAUGAUGUUGUCUAUGUAGUAGACUCCUGCAAGGUAAAGGUGAAGCUGUUUACAUCCCACAACAACAUGGCAAACUAUGCCACAGUGUGGGCAUCUAAAACUAACUUAGAGCAGCAAAGAGGGAGAGCUGGGCGUGUCAGGCCUGGGUUUGCAUUCCACCUGUGCAGUCGAGCUCGUUAUGAAAGGCUUGACCAGCACACAACACCAGAAAUCUUCCGCACUCCCCUUCAUGAACUGGCACUGGCCAUCAAACUGCUUCACUUGGGCCCCAUUCCCCAGUUCCUGAACAAAGCAGUAGAGCCACCACCAAUUGAUGCAGUCGCGGAGGCUGAAGCCACCUUGAAAGCUAUGCAUGCCCUGGACAGUAAUGAUGAGCUGACACCUCUGGGCCGCAUCCUGGCUCGCUUGCCCAUUGAGCCACAUCUGGGCAAGAUGAUCAUCUAUGGAUGCAUCUUCUACAUUGGGGAUGCUAUGUGCACAAUAGCAGCAAGCACUACAUUUCAGGAGCCAUUUGUCCCGCAAAUUGAUCGCAGGCGUUUAGGUUAGGUGCACAAAUCUUUGGCAGGGUCACGGCACAGUGACCACGCUGCCCUGCUCAAUGCUUUCCAGCUAUGGGAAAAAGCCAGAUGUAAUGGGGAAGAAAGAGAGAUGCACUUUUGUGAUCAGAAAUCACUUAACAUGCAGAUUCUUCGCAUGACUUGUGAGGCGAAGAACCAGUUGCGAGACAUACUGGUGAACACAGGGUUCCCAGAAGUGUGCCUAUUGCCACAGUCAUUUGACUUCAAUGGUCCAGACAAUAACCUGGAUGUGGCCAUCACCCUGCUGUGUAUGGGGCUGUACCCCAACGUGUGCUACCACCAGGAGAAACGCAAAGUUUUGACACAGGAAAGCAAUGCUGCUCUUAUACACAAGUCCUCUGUCAACUGUUCCAACUUUGAGAUUCACUUCCCAUCUCCCUUCUUCAUCUUUGGAGAAAAGAUCAGAACACGUGCUGUAUCAGCCAAGCAGAUGACAAUGGUGUCACCUCUCCAACUUUUACUGUUUGCCUCACGAUCAGUAUCAUGGCAGGAGUCGAUGGUGGUGCUUGACAACUGGAUCAACCUACAGCUGGAUUCAGAGGUGGCUGCAAAAGUUGUGGCUUUGCGGCCAGCUCUUGAGGCUCUAAUGAUCCGGGCCACCAAAAAUCCUUCAGGGAUAGGUCAUCUAGACCCACAGGAAGAGAGCCUCGUGUCAGUCCUUCAAGCACUUUCUCAACCCAUUGCUGCUGGACAACAUGAGCUGCCAAUUGAGGGGCAAGCUGGAAACUACCAUGGUCGUCCAGCAAAGAUUUCAAGGAUGGACUUUGAUGGCAGUUUUCAAAGCCGGGGAGGCCAUGGCUUGGGUAGGGAGCUCAAGGGGGCGGAAGAGGAGGCUAUGGUGGCCAAAGCAGUGGCAGGGGAGGCUUCUUCAGCAGCGGAAGAGGUCAUUCUUUUGGAGUUGGCAGAGGAAGUUCCUUCAGCGGCGGAAGAGGUAAUUCUUUUGGAGUUGGCAGAGGAAGUUCCUUCAGCGGCGGAAGAGGUCAUUCUUUUGGAGUAGGCAGAGGAAGUUCCUUCAGGGAUUACAGAGGUGGUUUUGAUGGCAAGAGGAGAAGCUUUGGGCGAGGAAGAGGAUAUGGCGGACGUGGUGGCUACUAACCUCUUUGGGUUUCCUGUGUGAUUGCAUCGCAGCUGGUUUUAGAUAACUUUUAUUUUCAUUUGCGACUGCACUCACACGACAGCAUUUGGCAUUCCUAAAAUCUCUGAUAACAUUUAUUUUCCGAAAACAUGAGCAUGUUGAUUUCCGUCACCUUUUUUUUUUUUUUUUAUAUUUCGGUGUUCUGCAUAAAAUGUACAUUGGUGCUUGUGGGAAAUGUAUAUUGCUUUUGAUCUGCAGGAAGAGAGUAAAGCAAAUAUGAUUGAUUUACAAGACUGAAGUCUGUAAAAAAGAUUGUCAAGUAUGACAAGCUUUAGAUGUUCGUCUCUCUCAUCUAUAGUAAAAACGUUUUUUAACUAUAGCUCAGUUGCAUCAAUACACCUAUAUCUAAGAGUUAAAUUUGAUUGUAAAAUACUUUUGUUACCUGCAUUAAAAAAAAAAAAAACCUCCACUUUGACAUGCAUUUAUAGCAUUUACAUUUUAAGUCCAAGCUAGUAAGUUGUCCCAGCUGUACAACUUGUGAUAUCUUUAUCAUUUUAAGAGAUUUUAUAGGACUAUGAACCCAGGCAAGAAUUACGGCAUAAAAAUCUGACACCUCUCCAACUUAAAAAAAAGCUUAGAGCAGAACAGCCAAGAAAAAGAAGCAUUUGAGCUGCCAAUAGCGUAGUCAAAAGAAUUUGGAAAACAUCAAAUUAAGCAGUUAUUAAUAUAGUUAAAACUCCCUAUUAAGAUUCUCUAAAAUUCUCUAAAAAGUAAAAUUGGCCCAGGCUAAAUGAAUACCUGAGCAGUAACACCUUUUUCAUAUUUUAUAUGCAUAUUUAACAACAUAUUUAACAUCCAAACAAAAGAGCGAUAAACUUUUUUAAAAAUUCGAUUUAAGAGAAAAUUGUGUUCUGCAUCAUUGUGUGAUUUGUUCUGAGUAUGUGUAAAGUGGUCAUUUUUAUUUAGUAAGAUGGAGGCUGAACUUGUUUGAACACAUGCUGUUAUUGGUGAAAUAUAUGACAUUAACAGUUA